AUGGAUGCGGGAGGACUCCCAGUAUUUCCGGGUGCUAAUCAGGCCAAUCACCUGAACAGUCUUCACCUGCAACAGCAACAACAGCAGCAAGCUCAACACCAUCAACUGACGCUGCAGCAGCAGCAGCAGAUGCAACUGCUGAGCAACCACAACCUUCAUCAACAGCAGCAACAACAUCCGCAGCAGCUCCUACAGCAGCAUCAACUUCAGCAGCAGCAACAACAUCAACAGCAACAGCAACCGUUGCAGCAGCUUGCGCAGGGCGGCGAGGUUCCCCAGAAGCGUCAGGCGGUAUUCGACAGACUGAAGCGACGCAUUGAAACCUACCGGCGGCGGCAAACCGAUUGCACGCCUCGGUUUGAACAAACCUAUAGUGGGAUCUGUGAGCAGCAGAGUCUCGAAACGACUGCUCUGCAGAAAAAAUAUCUCGAGCAGAAAAAUAAACGAUCGCUGAAGAAAACGGAAAAGAAGCAGGCCGAACAGCAGCAACAGACACUUUCCGGAAAUCUUCAAAGCAGUGUUCAUGUGCAACAAAAAUUCCUUAAGCGGCCAGCUGACGAUAUCGAUUCCACCUCCGACUCUUAUGAGCCACCGGUGAAGCUGCAACAUAACGGAUCGGAGAAUCUUACUAAAUUCUCUGUUGAGAUCGUUCAACAGCUGGAGUUUACAACAUCUGCCGCUAACUCACAACCUCAGCAGAUCAGUACAAACGUUACGGUCAAGGCACUGACCAAUGCGUCCGUUAAAAGCGAAGGAUCUACGGCAAAUGGUGGUCCGGGAGGUGGGAUUGGUGGGUCAGGAGGAGGGAAUGGAAUGUCUGGACAGCAACAGCAAGCGACCAAUAAUCCUACACCGUCCCCGCACAUGCAUGAUCUUGGCAAUAUCGUCGAUUUCAAGCAGGAGCCGGAGAACGAAUUUGCGGAUCUUUCGGCAGCGUUGGAAAAGGACGCGGCGGCCAAUGGACAUUUUCCCGGACUGUCAGACUUUAUUGGGGACGACACGAACGAUGAAAACGACACCUUCAAGGAUCUCAUAUCGGAUCUCUCGGACUUUCAGUCCGAUUUUCUCGAUUUCGAGGAAAAACCCCAACCACCGAUGCAGCCGCAAGGACAGCAACAGCAGCCAUCAUCACACCAACAACAGUCACAGAUGCAACCACAGCAGCAGCAACAUCAACAGCAUCAACAUCAGCAGCUUAUGCAAUCACAACAAGCGCAACAGCAUAUGCAGCAGCAACAUCACCCGCAACAACCGCCGCACCAUCAGAUGCAACAUCAACAGAUGCAUCAUCAACACACCCAGCAACAGCAAUCUCAGCAACAUCAACCACAUCCUGCAGGGGGGCAGCAAAUGUUAUCGGCCCUUCAACAGCAGCAACAACACCACCGGACACAUCCUCAGCAUCUGCAACAGCAUCUUCAACAACAGCUCCAGCACCAUCAACAGAUCGAGGUGAAACAAGAGAGUUGCAUCAAACAGGAACACCCCAGCCCUGGACUGAUGGACAAUAUGGGUAUAAAGCGUGGCGGACCACUAACUCCACAGCAGCAACAGCAACAGCAGCAACAGUAUUCGAAUGCAUUUGGGGAUGGAAUCAGUGGACCUGGUAGCGGGACGGGUACUGGACCAAUGACAAAACAGCGACCCGGUACUGGCUACGGCAAUACUCAAAACGGACCCAUGUCCGAACUAUCGCCUGCAGCGCAAACACUGAAGCAUAUGGCCGAACAACAUCAACACAAGAACGCUAUGAACAUGGGCUUCCCACGUACAGCUGGACCCCAAGGUCCACAAGGUCAACAGCGGCCUUCCUUCUCGGAGUUCGGCCAGUUCCCGGGCAACGAUUUUAUAACCUCCCCUGUCGGUGCCACAGGUGGUCCAGUGGGUUCUAAUAAUGCGGUCGGAACAGGUACACUACCGCUUGGUGGUGGUGCACCAGGCACUGGAGCAAGCGGUGGUGGUCCAGCAACUGGAAAUGUUGCGGGUGGUCAAUUUCAUAAGGCGAAUGUGCCACCAUUCCCUGGUGCAGACUUGAUUAAACAAGAGCUCUUUGCAUCUCAAAAUGAUUUCGAUCUAAAACCCUCGCUAAACCGACUGCAGUCUGCAAUGGGUCCAAGCGGUCCAAAGCUAGGCUCGGUACCGGGUGGGUUCGUCAAAACGCCGAAUCAACAACCAAAUUCGCAACAACAACAACAGCAAUCACAGCAGCAACAAUAUUCUCCCUACGGUUCACCUGGCGGUUUACCCAACCAUGGUGGAAGUCCCGGGCCGGGUUUUAUGCCGGGUCCUAGAGGAACCGGUACUGGACCUGGUAUCGGAUCGAACCAAGGGCCAGCUGGUGGUCCGAAUGUUGCUGGAGCUGGUGGUCCUGGUGGUCCUGGCGGUGGAGGUGGUGGUGGUGGUGGUGGAGGAGGAGGCGGUGGAGGAACGGGUGGUGCUGGUGGUAACACUGGACCUAACAAUGGUAUGCCUCCUCGCGGUAGUGCACCUAAUGGAGGAUCGAUGCCAGGAGGACAAAACUCAACAAUGCUUCAGAUGAAGCAAACGCAACAGCUGCACAUCAGCCAGCAGGGUCCGGGAGGUCAUGGUAUACAGGUAAGCGCCAACUGCGAAACUACUAUUGCUCGACAGUCCAAAAGGAACAACAAAACUGUUCACACGGUUUCAGCUGGACAGCAUUUGCAUCUUAGCGGCGAUCUUAAGUCGGGUGUAUCCGUCGCGGCUCAACAAGGCGUGUUCUUUAGUCAACAACAAACUGCUCAACAACAGCAACAACAGCAACAGCAGCAGCAGAAUCAGCAGCAACACCAACAACAGACGCAUGCACAACAUCAACAACAUCAGCAACAUGCGCAGCAUCAACAGCACCAACAACAUACGCAACAUCAGCAACACCAACCACACCAGCAACACCAGCAGCAUGGCCAACAUCAGCAACAUCACCCGCAACAUCCACAACAUCAACAACAUCAACAUCAACAACACCAGCAGCACCAUGCACAGCAAGCUGGACCCAAGCAGCAAACGCCGCAAGGAAAACAGUCCGGCCCCGGCAUGGGUAACUUACCCGGGGGUAUGGUCGGUGGCCAAGGGGGCGUUGGCAAUAAUGGUGGACAACAGGCGACAAUACCGAACGGACCCGGACAGGGUAUGAAUGCUGGCAACGUGGGGGGAAAUGCUGGUCCUACAUCAGGAGGUGGCCAUGGUGGUUCUAACCAAAACCAUUCUCAAAAUCAAGUUCCCAAUUCUCAAGGAUCCUCCAUUGUCAACGAAGCGCAGUACACUGUUUCACAAUCGCAAACAAUCAACUUUACGCAACAAACGUUACGGGCACGGCAGCAGCAACACCAGAUUAAUGGAAAUGUGGGCAUGCAAAAUGGUGCACCUGGUGGUCCGCAGCAUCAACAGCAACAAUCUGGACAGGGUAUGGGAGGACCAACGCAAAAUCCGCCUCCACAGCAACAACAACCGCAUUCGGGUGGACCACAAGCCGGUCCGGGUGGAACUUCCGGUGCCGGCAUUGCACAGGGUGGUGGAACAGUACCUCCAGGUAUGGUUGGAGGUAUGGUCGGUCCGGGGGGAAUGAGUGGUCCGAGUGGUCCGGGAAUGGGACCGAACGCAAAUGUUCCCAUCGGUAUGGGCACCAUGAGCGGUCCGAACGGUGGUGGCAUUAGCGGGUUAAACUCGAUGGUAUCAAACUCUAUGGCCUCCGGUGCUGGUAAUGGUGCAGCAGGGGUGAACGGUGCUAGUAUGGGUGGAAAUAAUGGUGGUAUGAUUCAUAACGCAAUGGCUGGUCCCGGAGCAGGUGCAGGUGGUCCGGGUAGUGGCGGUGGCCCGACAAGUGCUAUGAGACACGCAGAACAGAUGAAAUUCUUACAACAGCAGCAACAACAACAGCAAAUGAUACGUGCCCAGGCCAUGCAACAGCAGAUGGUAGCCGGCGCUCGGCCGCCUCCACCCGACUACAAAGCAACACAGCAAGCAAAUCCAGCAGCAGCGGCGGCAGCGGCAGCAAUGAUGCAACAGCAACAGGCACAACAGCAGCAGAUGCUGCAUGCUAGUGGCCGUUUUCCAGCCAUGCGAAGAAUCACCCAGCAACCAAUUCCACCAAGUGGGCCCAUGAUGCGGGCACAACAUGCAGCGUACAUGCAACAGCAGCAGCAGCAGCAGCAAAUGGCUGGUCACGGUGGUCCACGAGGUGCAGCAGGCAUCGUCGGUGGUUUUGGAGUAAGCGCCGGACCCAACGUUGGCGUUGUGCCUGGACCCGGUGGUACGGGGGGUAGCAAUGCUGGUGCCGGUGUCGUACCUGUGAUGGCAGGACCUGUGCAACGACCCCCAAAUGUGCAAGUUGGUCCAGAAGGUAUGCCGAUAGGUUCGCAGCAAGCAGAGUGGCGUCAUAUGAUGGCUAUGCAACAACAGCAGCAAGUUAAUUUUGGUGGCACGAGUGGUGGAAGCAUGCGUCCAGGGUUUGGUGGUCCCGCUAGUGGUCCCGUUGCAGGACCAAAUGCAUCAGGGCCAGUGGCUCGAUUAGAUUCCUCCGGUGGACCGGGCGGACCCAGUGGACCUGUUGGCCCUGGCGGCCCUAUUGGCACUGGCGGUGGAGGCGGAGCAGGCGGAGGCAAUACUACCGGUCCCGGCAUGGGCGCAAACAAUGGCGGUCCCGGUGGACCGGCUGGUGGCAAUAGUAUGACAGGGAUACAAAUGCAAAUGUUACGACAGCAAAACCUUACCAUGUACCAAGGCCAAGCCAACAACAACACAGGACCGAUGAGCCAAAUGCAAAUGCUUCAACAGCACCAACAACUUCAGCAGCAACAGCAACAACAACAAAGCAUGAUGAACCAAAUGCAGAUGAGUCAGAUUCACAUGUCUCAGACGCAAACCAUGUCAAUACAGCAGCAGCAACAAAAUCAACAAUCUGUGAUGAAUACCUUUACAACGCAAUCUACGCAACAGUCCACCACAACGACAAUGAUUAGCGGAGGGGGCAGUACGGGCAAUUCAAUCGGUGGUCCUGGGGUGGGACCGAACGUGAACGGUAAUAUCAAUCCCGGUAACAUGCUCACCGGUCCAGGACCAUCAUCAGCUGGUCCGAACAGCAAUAAUGGGAACAAUAGUAACAACACUGGUAGCAGUAACAUGAACAACAACGGUCCCAGUAACAGCAACAACAAUAGCAGUAACAAUAAUUCAUCAGAGUUCCUAGCGUUCCUGGAGAAUCUGCCUGUAGGGGAUCCAAACCAGUUUAAUGCGCAGGAUCUACUAAACUCACUAGACAAUGAUAGUUUCAAUCUUCAGGACAUUCUUUAAGGUGAACACUAGCUUGCAGAAGCAGAAAAAAAACACUAACUCGUAUAGAGUGUCCAUACAUCAAGGAUGCUGUAGGCAGGCCAUCCUGCUGGUGCUGUAUAUAGCUGCUGAAAUUGCACAAUUCCAAAGGUACACCAGCAGUAGUUCCUGGUAGUAUCGGUUGUUAUAUUUAUUUAUAGCAAAAGCAAAACAUUUCACUAACUAACUGUAGUGAAAACGGUAAAAAGUAACUAAAUAUAAAAGACAAAUCAAAAUGUAGCAAAGCAGACAGGAGGCAAAUGGUGGCAGUAGUGGGGAUUAUUGACGAGCAAAGUUCCUUGCUGCAGUCAGUUGCAUACACCGACGUGUUUUACUGUGUAUAUAGUUUCCAUACUCUUUAGAUCUGUACUAUAUAAUGACGGGAAGUCUAUAAAGCAAUGUAAUCGUCAUUAUAUGUACUGAUCAAGAUCGUUACAAUUCUUUUGGUUUUCCUUUUGCCACAAAAGGCAAUACCAACAAUGUGCAUGGUAGGAAAUAAUUGCAUAUAAACUCAUUACCUAACAGUACUGUUUGCUAUUUAAAACGUCGUAUAAAGUUUCGGUGCUCUCUCAAUUUAUUAUAUUGGUUUCUUUCGGUCGACAAAAUGCGGUCAAUACACAUUUCACGGCAUAAUGGAACAUUUCCUAUACUUCCAUAUUCAGUGGUAGUGUCUAAAUUUCACGUUAAACGUACAACAGCAACAAGUUAGGAGUUUAACUAAUAUGCGGUAGAAAUAGUUUUAGUAGAGUUAAUACAACAACCACGCAGUAGAACACUGGACGAG